UUCUAUUUCUCGUUAUUUGCUCCAAUUUUCUUUCUUUUUUUUCUUUUCUUUUUUUCUCACUUUUCCCGGUUGUAAUCACAUGAUUUUAUUCAAAAUGCUUUGAUUACAAAGAACAUCAAAUCCCAAAGGAUCCCAAGGGGCCUGCUGUAACUUCAUAAAUAAGGUUCAGUUGGGCAAAUGGGACAUUGUUGGAGCAAGUUCUUGCGGAUCUUCAAGUGUCUGUACGGAGACUCGAAGGACGAAGAGGAAUUGUAUUCGGAGCUUACCGGCAAAAACGUUCACAUUAUAACUACCAUACAGAGCUGGGAGGAAAAACUAACAGAGGCAACCAGAGAUGGAAAGAUACUAGUUGCAAAUUUCAGUACACCAUGGUCAGGUCCUUGUCGAUCGAUAGCACCAACCUACGGUGAACUUGCAGAUAAAUAUCCUUCUCUCAUGUUCCUUACUGUGGAUGUCGAUACACUUGCAGAGUUUAGUACAUCAUGGGAGAUAAGCGCUACACCAACAUUCUUUUUCAUAAAGGAGGGAAGGCAAGUGGACAAAUUUGUGGGUGCUGACAAGGUACAACUCCCAAAGAAGAUAGCAGCAGUGGCUAAAGCCACCAGGGUUUGACUGUUGGCAUCAUUUUCCCAUAAACCACAAUCAUGGUGUUCUUUUUAUUUUAUUCUGUUUUUUAUUUUUUAAUUUUUUGACCAUCUCUCAGCCUAAUCCUUUCUUCCCUAGUUCUUAACCCUUUGGAUAGCUCUGUUAGUAGAAAAGAAAAAGAAAAAGGAAAUGGAAUGAAACGAAACGAAACUAUAUCUCUUGAAAUAUUUAUAUUACUUCUUUGUUUCUUUUA